AUGGGUGGCAGGAAAGAAGGCUACCGAAAAUAUCUACUUUUCAGGGCUUGGAAAGAAGUGUCAGGUUGCCAGGAGAACACGAUUGGAUCCCUUGAAAAUCACUACCUAUUCAAACACAAAAAUCAUCCUCGAAGGUCUCGAAGAAGUGCUCUUCAUAUCACUAAGAGGUUAUCUGAUGAUGAUCGUGUGAUAUGGGCUGAACAACAAUAUCAAAAAGAGAGAAGCAAACGUUCAGUUCAAAGAGACUCAGCAUUGAAUCUCUUCAAUGACCCAAUGUGGAAUCAGCAGUGGUACUUGCAAGACACUAGGAUGACCGCAGCUCUUCCCAAGCUGGAUCUUCACGUGAUACCAGUUUGGCAAAAGGGCAUCACAGGCAAAGGAGUUGUUAUUACUGUACUGGAUGAUGGCUUGGAGUGGAAUCACACAGACAUAUAUGCCAAUUACGAUCCAGAGGCUAGCUAUGAUUUUAAUGAUAAUGAUCACGAUCCAUUUCCUCGGUAUGAUCCCACAAAUGAAAACAAACAUGGAACUAGAUGCGCAGGAGAAAUUGCCAUGCAAGCAAAUAAUUACAAGUGUGGGGUUGGAGUUGCAUACAAUUCCAAAGUUGGAGGCAUAAGAAUGCUGGACGGCAUUGUAACUGAUGCAAUUGAGGCCAGUUCAAUUGGCUUCAACCCUGGCCAUGUGGAUAUUUACAGUGCAAGCUGGGGCCCUAAUGAUGAUGGGAAAACUGUGGAGGGGCCUGGAAGACUGGCCCAGAAGGCAUUUGAAUAUGGUGUCAAACAGGGGAGACAAGGGAAGGGCUCCAUCUUUGUUUGGGCUUCCGGGAAUGGGGGUCGGCAGGGAGAUAAUUGUGACUGUGAUGGCUACACAGACAGCAUUUACACCAUCUCUAUCAGCAGUGCCUCCCAGCAAGGCCUGUCACCCUGGUAUGCAGAGAAGUGUUCCUCCACGCUGGCCACCUCCUACAGCAGUGGGGAUUACACAGACCAGCGAAUAACAAGUGCCGACUUGCACAAUGACUGCACAGAGACCCACACAGGCACCUCAGCCUCUGCACCUCUGGCUGCUGGCAUCUUUGCUCUGGCCUUGGAAGCAAAUCCAAACCUCUCUUGGCGAGAUAUGCAGCAUCUGGUUGUCUGGACCUCUGAGUAUGAUCCAUUGGCUAAUAACCCAGGUUGGAAAAAGAAUGGUGCAGGCUUAAUGGUGAACAGUCGAUUUGGAUUUGGUUUGCUAAAUGCCAAAGCUCUGGUGGAUCUGGCUGAUCCUAGGACCUGGAGAACUGUGCCUGAGAAGAAAGAAUGUGUUGUAAAAGACAAUAACUUUGAGCCUAGAGCCCUGAAAGCUAAUGGAGAAGUGACUGUUGAAAUCCCAACAAGAGCUUGUGAAGGACAAGAAAAUGCUAUCAAGUCCCUGGAACAUGUGCAAUUUGAAGCAACAAUUGAAUAUUCUCGUAGAGGAGACCUUCAUGUCACACUCACUUCUGCCGCUGGAACCAGCACCGUACUGUUGGCUGAGAGGGAGCGGGAUACAUCCCCCAAUGGCUUUAAGAAUUGGGACUUCAUGUCUGUUCACACAUGGGGAGAGAAUCCUGUAGGCACCUGGACAUUGAAAAUUACAGAUCUGUCUGGAAGAAUGCAAAACGAAGGCAGGAUUGUGAACUGGAAGCUGAUUUUGCAUGGGACCUCUUCUCAGCCAGAGCACAUGAAACAGCCCCGUGUGUACACGUCCUACAACACUGUCCAGAAUGACAGGAGAGGAGUAGAGAAGAUGGUGAAUGUCAUGGAGGAGCAGCCCACACAAAAGAGCCUGAAUGACAGUCUUCUGGUGCCCCAAAGCUCCAGCAGCAGCAGUGUGGAGGGCAGAAGGGACAAGCUGGCACAAGGGGCUCCUUCAGAGGCUGUGCUAUGGCUCCUACAAAGUGCUUUUAGCAAAAACCCACCUUCAAAGCAAUCACCAAAGAAGUCUCCAGGUGCAAAGCUCAGCAUCCCUUAUGAGAGUUUCUAUGAAGCCCUGGAAAAGCUAAACAAACCCUCCCAGCUCAAAGACUCUGAGGACAGUCUGUACAGCGACUAUGUUGAUGUUUUCUAUAAUACAAAACCUUAUAAGCAUAGAGAUGACAGGCUGCUGCAAGCUCUUGUGGACAUUCUGAAUGAGGAAAAUUAAUAAGGGUGUGGUCCCAAGUUGGAAAUAUCCAUGCAUCCUCCUUCCCCCUUAGAUGUUCCUGGGUGUGGAAUUGUGUCACUGAUUCCUAUGCUUAUAAUGUCCUUUGUGGUACUUUUGCUUUUUCUCCUCAAACUAUACAUUGGGGUGAGUUCCAAGAGGAAAGGCAACUUUCUGAAUGGGUCUCAGUGUUUAAGAAUGUCUUCCCUAUCAUAUGAGUAGAGCAGGUCUUUGUAAAGUCCCUGUUGACAUGCAGCCCUUUACCCAGUGGAAUGGCUCCUUCAGCCUCCCCAUUUCAUAUCUCACAAGAACAGGAAAAGACUGAGAAAUGCGUUUUAAUUUGGAAAAGUCAUCUACCAAGGUGGGGGUCUACAGCUUAUCUUGUUCCCUAUUUUUGCAAUGGGGUCCUUUGAAAAUGAAAGUUCACAACUAGGUCCGUACUCUAGGCCUCUCUACACCAUGUGUUACUUAUGCUGCGGCUGCUGAUCUGAUGGUUUUAGAGGGGGCGGAAUAAAAUGCAUUAUUUAGAUGCAAAACAGAUCUUAAAUUUUACAUUAGCUAGGACAGUUAUAGAAUAUUCUUCUUGAUUGGUGUACCAUGAAGAGAUCUCUGUGGAUCCAAAGAUGAAUGUGACUCCUGCUGUCUAUGGCCUGGCCUUCUGUUUCCCUUUCUGCCUCACAUGUUGUCUGUUUCCUUUCUGAGCCACAAACUCAAAACUCAAAGAACUAAUUUAUGCCAUUUUCUCAGAACAAAAUUAUGCUUGAGGUUGUCAAAUUCCUAGUCAUAGUUUUGUUCAAUAACAAGCAGCCACUCAAUGGAGAACCAAUGUAAUACCAGAGAAAACAUUGAAUGAGACAUUUCUCACAAGUUGUGUUCUUAGGACAGGCUCUCCUGGUUCUCUGUAAAUGAGUGUUCAUUUCUGGACACUACAGGGUCUUCUUCCAUCUCAGUGGAUAGUAUUCAAAUUCUUACCAAAUUGCUUCCAUGGUUCUAAUCAGAAAACAGAUGGGCAGCACUUAGGUCUUAUUUGUCCUUCCUGUAACUUAUGCAGGAUGUUUUGAUAAUGUGAAGGGCUGUUCAAAGUGUGAGAUUUCACAUAAAAUCUGAUUUUCAUACCCAUCUUCUAUCAUGGCAAUAGCUAGCUAGAGGUAACACCUCCCUAGUAAGAGUCUAAGUCUGGACUUCCCUGGCUGGCCUUUUGACAAUGGCCUCUUUAUUUGUUACUACUCAGUAACAUUUUAUCCAUUUUAAAUUAAAGUAUGUAGAAAAAUAAGGUUUCAUUUUGACAUUUUCCUACAAGUAUUCAUGUACUUGGAAAAUGUCCAUCCCCCAUUAACCUGUCUUCUGCCUGUCUCCACUUGUCCUCCUCCUCUUCACAUGUACUCCUGCUUCCAAUUUCUGUCUUUUCAUUUAAUCCAGACUCCUCAUAGAAAAAAAAUGUGAUUUUUGUCUUUCUAUGCAUGUGAUUUUGCCCACUCCCACACUAAAUGAAUCUGUAUAAAGUGUAAAUGCAUUAAGAAAAGGAUUUCCCACAAUUACUUCCAGGCACACUCUGCCAUUAAUAAUUGAGUUUGCUAUGACCUAGUUAGUUUGUUGUAGUUAUAAGUAAAAAGAGUACUUGGAGCCCUAAAAAUACCUCUCAAGUUUUCUUUAAUAUGAGCACACCUGGUAUUCAUUGUACUGUUCAUUAACUGGAGACCCCUGCUUCCUUCUUUUAACAUGCCAAUAUAGACUCUAGUUGACUGUAUGCCUUCAUUCUCCAACUGAGUUUCGGUUUGUAAAUUUUCUACAGUGUGAGCAUCCUACAGCAAGUCCUAGCAUUGAACUGUUCAGAAAGACAGUUCGUUUGCUUUUGCUUUGAGUGUAGUUGGUAUGACAAAUUUCACCUGCUGUUUCUUCAUGUGAUUUUGUACAUACCAGGCUCUCUCCAGAGCCUUGCCUAUGAUGUCUAGAAGGUUUGCAGUAGCCGUGUGCUUGAAGGUUUUACACUGUGUUUGCUAUGAGGUUUAAUGGAAUUAUCACAUUAAAACAGGAAAAGACUUAAGAGUUUUACAUUAAAUUUCAGCUGGAGGAGGAUAUCUCUAAUUGGCAAUUAGUGAUUUAAAACAAUGAAAGAGUUGGAAGUCAACCCCAUCCUUUCCUAGUCCUUAUACUAAACAUAGGGAAAUUUUCUUCAACUCUUUCUAAUAGUAUCUUUUCCCUGUAAGAACCCCAACCAACUCAUGGGCUAUAGCCAAAGGUUCACUCUGGAUAAGCUUUAAUAUUUAGACAAUACCAUGUUUGAAUGUUUCCAACCUGGAGUAUAUAUUGUCUAGACAUAAAAUAUUUUUGUCAGUCUUUCUUAGUGCCUAUGUGGAUUUUUGUGAAAAUGUUAAAAAUGAUAAUUAUAUAAUAUUCCCCUUGGAAUUUUAAGCUAUAUUUUCUUUACAGGUAUUUAUAAUGCACCACUGCUUUUAUCAAACAGAAUUUUAAAAGGCAUAAUAAAUUAUAUUAAAGAAUAAAAAGCUUUCAUGAGAAUAAGAAUGUUUCAUCCAAUAAAAUAUUUUUGAAAGGCAUGUCCCUUUGUGAAUGGGAAAGUAUGUAUGUAUGUAUGUGUUUGUAUGUAUGUAUAAAAGUAUAUGUAUAUAUGUGCGUAUGUAUGUAUGUGUUGUGACACUAAAAAUUAUGUUUAUCUAAUGUCCUAAUGCA